CAAGUGAAUUUAAAGUAGUUUUGUUUGUUUAUCUUGCAGCUUUUUUAUAGUAAAAUGUUGAGCAGUCUACAGACAGAAGAAAUAUACUGCAUGUUGGGCAAACUUUAAACUGUUAUUUUUUAAGACAUUUCAAUGGCGUGCACGAGUGCUGACCUGGAUUUUAAGGUAUUCAAAACCUAUUUAGUUACAUGAAGUCAUAAAACAGAUUUAGUUUCACCACCAAUUAGCUGGACCAGUCAUGGGAAUUCGUGCAAAAGCUACAGGGAGAUUAUUUUUCAGGGGAAAUGCACAAGACGGAGAAGGAGGAAUUCAAAGCCUCAAAUAAAACAAAUGGAGCUUGGCAUCCCGAGUGAGGAAGACGAGAGGUGAGAUAAAGAUGUAAAAAAAGAGAGGGAAUGAGGGAGAGUGGGGUGUGAUCAUGGCAAAAGAUGCAUAAACGGAGGGUGGGAGGGAAAGACGGUAAGACAGAAAAAAAGAGGUGGUGAAAGUGAGACAUAGGCAGGGAGGUAUGAAGAGAGGGAGGGAGUAAUAUAAGAGAGCCAGGCACAGAGGGAGAGGUGACAGUGAAGAUUAUCCUCUCUUCUCUGCCACCCUCACCAUGUUGGUCCUGCAGAUGUUGACUGUUCUCUCCUUCACUGUUGUCUUCCUGGCAUCUGUGGAAGCUAAAGGCGUGCAGAUGCAGAGGGAUGUCCAGUGCUGCAUGCUGUACUCCCAGGGCAAGGUGCGUACCAAAGAUGUGCUGCGGUUUGAGGUGCAGACGGAGGGGCCCGACUGCAGUAUACAAGCCAUCAUUUUUUACACAAAGAAGGCGGUGAAAUGUGCCGACCCCAGAGACCGGAAGGUGAAAAGGUUGUUGAGGAAACUCCUGCAGAGGCAAAGAACCAAAGCUCACCGAAACCCGUGGUUCUUCCGCCAUGACAACCUGCCCGUCAUGUCAGAGGACAAGAAGGAUAACUGGGCCAUCCUGAAUGUGGAGUGAUGAAGCAACAUGAGGUCUGCAGAAGAACUCGUAGUCAUACGCCAAGUAAAUGUCCAGCUGCUCGUUGUCUUGAUUUGACAACACUUGCUGACUCUCCAGUCGUCUUGUGUCUCUCUUUCUACCCUGUCUGUCCCUCUGGAACAAGACCUGGGCAGCAAUACAUACAUCACUGGCUUUAUAUAUUCCUCCAUGAACUGCUCUGAAAGCAUCCUGAUAAUGUGUCUGAAACACUCAUCAGGGUGUUUGUUAUUGGACUGAUCCUUCUAAAAAAUGGCUUAUACUGUUAUUUGUCGAAGUCUGCCUGAAAGCGUCGCCCUCCACGACGGUGUAACCAUGGCGACUGAUGUGAAAUCAGUGAAAUGGUGUCCUGAAAAACAAAAAAGCGUUGACAUUCAUAUAGUAUAUCAGCGAGAAUCUCUGUGCUUACUUGUGACUUGUAUAACUUAAUUAUGUAAUAAGACAUCACAGUACAGUAAAGUAGAUUUGUCACAUCGAGUUUGCAGAACAUCUGGGGGAACAUCACACUUAUAAAGCUGUUUUCCCUUUUAGAUAGUGGUGUGAAGCUAUUAAAAGUCUCGUUCGGGCUAUAUCUAACUGUAUGUGGAUUCAAAAAGGGACCAGAGUGAAGGUUUUUAUGUGGGUUCGCUCUAGUUUUUAACAGAGCAAACAAAGGUUCCUUAUCUUUUGUGCGUUGUCCAUAUUAACGGUUUAUACAACAACUUGAUUUUUUUUUUUUUUAAUUUGACCUUUCAACGUGAAUGCUUGAUCUAAAAAUCCAUUUGUGGUUUGGAUUUAAUGCUUGUCCGUCACCAAACUAUGCCAAAGUAUUCAUGAGUCCAUUCUUCACAUGACAAGGCUGUUAUUCUUAGAGGGCUCUGGUGUGUUUCGCACACACACAUUGUAUUGUAGAAGAAUGCAAUGUAUUUCGAGUAAAAUAUUUUAUAAAUUUAUCUGAAAUAUUAA